UUCUUCUUCCACCAUUAUACAUUCCUACAACUUUGAACAAUAUUGGGGCAUUAAUUAGAGUAGGUCUAGGCGUGAGGAAAAUUCAAACACGGAGGUAUUUGGAUUCGUACACGUACCAUCCGCCAUAGUCUAGACACUCGAGGUCUCCACGAUUCCAUAUAACUUGGUUAUAUAUAUUUAUGUUUCUUAUGAAAGGUAUUAUUAUUAACAUCCGAAUUUUGCUAUAUUAUAUUGAUAUGUGUUUAUUUGUGCUAUAUAUGAUGUCAAAAUCCUAUUUUUAAUUCAUGUAAAAUCUUUGACCUACACGUAUACUACUAUGAUUUAUUGUAGGAAUGGUGUCAAUAUAUACUUACAUAAUACGAAGUAUGUUCCACUUUUCUUUAAAAUGUUUCAUACCGACCAUAUUUAAAAGGAGUUUCAUCAUCUUAGAUUAUGAAAUUUUGUUACUACGUAUUAUAAUCCGGUUAGCUCGAUAUUUUAACCCAUAAAAACCCUUAAAGAGAACAAAUGCAAUAAUAUGAACUGAAUUUAGAGCAAUAUUGUUAGAGUAAGAGCCCCUUUGCCAUAUAUUUCCAUGUAUGGUAAAGCUUUGCAUUGUGAUUAGACUCCAAUCCUAUACUAUUUGGGGAUCCAGCAAAAUUAUACGCAACCCAUCAUGUCGUGAAACCCAACCACCCAACCUCUUGGGGUGGCAUAGAUUUCUCGGUACGGUCAUGUUUUCCUGUUUCCAAUGAUAUGAAAGAGAUUUCAUGUGUUUCGCGGAAGAAGAUAAAAGACAGUGUCGGAGGGCCUCCUAGCCUUACUAUUCCCCGCAUUUGCUCAGUGAAGUCGUACAGCUCAACUUCGAGAUGGAGGAUUAUGCUUUCAUAGUUUGAAUUCUACUCUCCAGGCCAGGCCAUCACCUGGAACUCAACGCAAUCAUCUCACUAAAAAUCAUUAACCCCCUAAUGCUGAAAGAAAUUGAAAGAGGGUGUUCUUGAUGUGUGGUGAAUAAUGUUUGAAAGGAUUUCUUUUUAGUUUAAAUAUACAUUCACUCAGGGGCAAAGUCAAAACACUCGGUCGAACUGGGCUGAUAUGAAGGAUAUUUUUGAAGAAAAAAAAUUACACGAAAUUUUUUACAAUAAAAAUAUAACCAUUUUUAAAUUUGGAGUGGACCAUGACCCGGGUUGCCCCCUAACUACGCCCUUGCAUUCACUCCUUAUAAACCAUCUUCAAACUAAAGUCUAAAAUGCAAUUACUUUUAAAGUCUCAUCUCUUUCUUUUAUAUGUCACUUGACGAAGUACCUGUGUGAUGCACGGGUAGUCUACAGUAGACUAACAACUUAUUAAUGGUACUUACUAUGCAAUUAUAUAGAAAAAAAGAUCAUUAGUGGAAUUUAUAUGUUGUAACUUUGAUUAUACAGUUAUACUUAUAAUUGUAGCUUGCAGGAAAAAGAAAGAUGUAGGUCAUAUAAAAAUGAGAAAAUUGCCAUGGCUAAGACAAAAACAUAGACUUUUUCCCAAAUUAGGAUUUAAUGUUUGGUUUUCCCUAAAUAGGACUAACCUCACCUGCAGGGGCGGAGCCAGACUUUAGUACUAGGGGGGGGCGAAAUACAACAUGCAUUGAAAAAUUAUAUAUAAAAUAUAUUUUAUUAAAGAAAUUAACAAUUUUUUUAAAGAACAAAAACUACUUGAAAAACAGUUCAAAUCAUCAUCUAUAUUAACUUUAAUCAAUUUAGCCAAAAAAACAACUGUAAUUCUACUUAUAUUGAUUUAUUACACACUUUAGUGUGCAAAUAAAAAUCUACGUCUUUUAUAUUAAAAAAUUGGAUGACGUGGUAAGACUUAGAACAUUUAAACAAUAAUGGUUAUCUAAAAAACAAACUAGCUAAGAAAAAAUAUAAUGGCUUCUCCUAAGUUGUACUGCAUGUGCCGCUAGAAGUAUGCCGGCGGCCUUCGAUAAUGAGAAUGAGAAUUGAAUGGCUUCGAUCAACGACCAGAAGAACUUCGUUUCCUAUGGGCUAUGGUGGAAUACUAGGGCCUAUAUAUGGGGGGGGGGGGCAAAAAAAAUUGUCAUAUAUAGUAAUGUAAAAAAAAACUUGGGGGGGGGGGGGGGCAAUGGCCCCCUUACCCAUCAACGUACCUCCGUCCCUGCUCACCUGUUUUACCCCUAAUUUUAUUUAAUUAAUUAAUUGAUCUAAAUAAUUGCCCCCCUUAAUUGAUCUAAAUAAUUAGAUUGAAAGUUUUCCAAAGUUACCUCAAAUCUCUCUUGGUCGGAUUCCUCGUCAGAGAUAGCCAUAAGACAUAGACCUGAAUGGUUGGAGUUCUUAUCACUUUCUUCGUCCUCAUCAUCGGAUGAGUCUCCCAGGCUGCCAUCAUUGCCUUCUUGAGAUCUCUAUUAAACCCUUUAUCUUCUCUAAACCUCCAGUUGGAACUUGACUUGUUCUUGUCAUAGAUUCAUUCAUUUUUCUUUUGUGGACAGUCUUUAGCCCUGUGCUCAAAAGAACCACAAACAAAACAACCUUGGUUAUUAAAAGAUUGAGUGUUCUUUUUACCUUGUUUCUUCCGGUUGUUUUUGAACCGUCGGUACAUCUUCCCGAAUUGUUUUGCAAACAAGCUCAUCUCAUCUUCCGAUUCACUUUCAAAUUCUUCCUCCUCUUCUCGAGCUUUUAGAGAUAUUCCUCUCUCUCGCCUCACAUUCUCGGCAUCCUGUUCUUCUUGAAGUCGUAAUCAGGGGCGGAGUCAGGACACUGGGCCAGACUAGGCCGGUACAAAGAAUAGUUUUAGGAAAAAUUUUACCCAAAAUUUUUUACCUUAAAAAUUAAGCCAUUUUUAAAAUUUGGGGUGGACCAUGGCCUAGGUUGGCCCACUCCUAGCCCCGUCCAUGGUGUAACUCAUAUGUCAUGAGUGAACCAGUCAAGUCCUCGAGAGUCAUGGUGGAUAGGUCCCUUGCGUCUUCUAUUGUUGUGGUUUUAGGCUUCCAGGCUAAGGGCAAACUCUUCAUGAUCUUUCUGACUUGAUCUUCUACCGAGAUAACCUUUCCAAGGGCUGAAAGCUCAUUGAUGAUAUUAGUAAAACGUGAAAUCAUAUCCCUAAUUGACUCUUUAGAUUUCAAUACGAAUAAUUCGUAAUUACGCAUAAAUAUGUCAAUUUUAGAUCUUUUUACACAUGAGGUACCUUCAUGAGUAACCUCGAGGAAAUCCCACAUUUAGUUUGCAGACUUACAUCCUAGAACCCGGUUGUGUGCUUUUCCUCCCCUAGCGCUGCUUAGGGUUUUGCGCCGCCGGUAGGCUUUGCCGGUUUCCUUCUUUAAUUUCGUUCGUUACUUUACCGCUUUUCUUAUCAUGGCAAGUUCUUCAUCGCCGCUUGAAGACCUCUAUUCUAAAUUGAACAUCGACGAGGAAGAAGAUGAGGGCGUGGACGUGGGCGGUACGUAUGAGACAGAGGAAACAGGGGCUCAUGUGCUGACGGCGGUGGGCAGGAUUCUCUCCGAUCGACCGGUGAAAUUUUCUUAUUUUAAGGAAACGAUGACCAAUGUUUGGAGACCUGGGAAAGGUCUGAGUAUGCGUGACCUGGGAGAGCAAAAAUUUCUGGUGCAAUUCUAUCACGAGUAUGAUAUUCGUAGAGUAAUUGACGACGGCCCUUGGUCUUUCGACCGGAACCUACUGAUUUUGAGGCGGCUCGGCUCGUUUGAAAGUCCACUCCAAUGCUCCCUCACGCAAGCUGCCUUCUGGAUCCAGGUACAUAAUAUCCCGUUGAGUUUAAUGACACCGAGGGUAGCAGAAUUGAUUGGAAAUCAUGUGGGUGAGUUUAUUUUUGCCGAUGAAGAGAAUUUUAAGGGCCCUGUAAAAAUUUUCAUGCGUGUGCGUGUACUGCUUGAUGUUAAUAAGGCUUUGAAACGUCGGAUGAAACUUCUUCGUGGGAUGGACUGGGUGUGGGUAGACCUUCGAUACGAAAGGUUGCCAACUUUUUGUUUUAUUUGUGGUAAAUUGGGUCAUUCUGACCGCUAUUGUCCAGCACAUGUUGUGGGGGAGAUAAGGGAGUUGGCAAAGCCGUAUGGUACAUGGAUGCGGGCAGGUGGGCGGAGGCUUGAUGGUGGAGGUAAUCCAUGGUCAUAUCCGGAACAGGGGGAGAGGGAGGGAAGAAAGAAUACAGAGACGGAGGAGGGGCUGGGCGAUCAAGGUGGGGAAAAGAAAAAUGAGAGGGCAGGGGGUUUUGACCAGGGAGAUGGAGGGGGUGUAGGGGAAAGGGACGAAGUGGGUAAAAACUGGGCAGUAGGUGGGUGUGAGCUCUCUGGAGGAGGAGAAGGGAUGAGUGUGGGGGCUGGGAAAAGAAGAAGGGUGCAGGAGGAGGGAUUAAAAGGCAUGAUGGGGCUGGAAAAUAAAGAAGAAGAACGUUUGUCAAAAAACGGAUGUGGGGCGGGUGCUGCUUCGCAGGCCCGCCAGAAAUCAUGAGUGCCCUAAGUUGGAACUGUCGGGGGCUUGGCAACCCAUCGACAGUUCAGGUUCUAGUGGAUAUUAUCCACUCUAAGAGGCCGACGAUCGUUUUUCUUAUGGAAACGAUAUCAAAAAGUGAUAAAAUCAAUGCUGUUCAGAGGAAGUUGGGCUUUCAUAAUUCUUUUUGUGUUGAUUGUGUGGGGCACAGCGGAGGUUUAGCUUUAUUCUGGGGCGACGGGGUGGAGGUGGAUAUUAUUGGCUCGAGCGCUCAAUAUAUUGAUACUUUUAUUACACUAGAGGCAGGUGAUUCUCCUUGGCGAUUCACAGGUUUUUAUGGGUGUCCCGAGCGUGCAAGACGGAAAGAAUCUUGGAGUAUAUUACGACAACUCAGCUCCGUGUCAGAUCUUCCUUGGCUUGUCAUGGGCGACUUCAAUGAUAUUAUGUUUCAAAAUGAGAAACGGGGGAGAAUUCCACAACCGGGGUGGUUGAUCCAGGGCUUUAGAGAAGCGGUUUGGGAAAGUGGUUUGGCUAGUUUUCCGUUCGAGGGCUAUCAAUUCACUUGGGAGAGGGGGAGAGGCACCUCUAAUUGGGUGGAGGAAAAGCUGGAUCGUAUUCUCGUCUCUAGCACUUGGGAGGAAUUUUUUGAUGAGGCGGUGGCAGUAUCUUUAGAGGGUGCGCCUAGUGAUCAUCUUCCUUUAUUUAUUAAAUUCCAGCGGGGUGCUCAGGUUAAUCAUCGGAGACGUUUUAAAUUUGAAAAUAUUUGGCUCCGGGAAGGAGAGUGCAGAGAGGUGGUGGAGAAUAGUUGGGCUAUCGGUAGAGGUGGGGGCAUUUUGAAGCAAGUGGAGAUUUGUGGGAAGGAGAUCGGUAGAUGGGGGGCUGCCAGAAAUAAAGGGAUAGGAGCUCGAAUUGAUUUUUGCAGACGGCGACUUCAGUACCUUCGGGGCAGAAAUGAUGAUUUUUGUGUGGGCGAAUUCUGUAAAGUCAGGUGUGAAUAUCUUGAACUACUUGAGAGGCAGCAACGUUUUUUGCAGCAACGGGCAAAAGUGUAUUGGCUACAGGAAGGGGAUUCAAACACUAAAUUUUUUCAUAACGCUGUCAAGCAGAGAAGAAGGAAAAAUAAAGUGGAGGGUUUUAGGAUGGAGGGGGGAAGAUGGGAGAAAGAUAGGAAGGAGAUUGGGCGCAUCGUGGAGGAUUAUUUUACUAAUAUUUUUUCUUCUGUGCAGGGAAUUUCGGAACCUAUUAUCUAUAGUAUUGAACAUAAAGUUACAGAUGUUCAAAAUUGUCAGCUCUUGCUUCCCUUACGCAUGGAGGAGGUGAAGGAAGCCCUUUUCUCUAUGCACCCAGACAAAUCUCCAGGCCCUGACGGGAUGAGCCCAGGUUUUUACCAGCAUUUUUGGGAUCUUGUGGGGCAGGAUGUGACGGCCUUUUGCCAGCAAAUGUUUAGUACCGGUUUUAUUCCUGAAGGAUUAAAUCAUACCAAUAUUAUUUUAAUUCCUAAAAAGACAGGCCUGAAACUAUGGCUGAUUGGAGACCAAUUUCUCUGUGUAAUGUCUUGUUUAGAAUUUUUUCAAAAGUUCUGGCUAAUAGAUUGAAGAAGUUUUUGGGUUACAUGAUCUCUCACAAUCAGAGUGCUUUUGUUCCCGGAAGAUCAAUAGUUGACAAUAUAAUGAUUGCUUUUGAGGCUCACCAUUAUCUUAAACGUAAAAGACAGGGCAUUGAUGGCUACAUUGCCCUCAAACUUGAUAUGAGCAAAGCCUACGAUCGAAUUGAAUGGAAUUUUCUGGAGGCGGUCCUUGCUAGACUCGGCUUUGAUGGCAGAUGGGUCUCCAUGAUUAUGCAAUCGGUGAAAACGGUGACCUAUUCUAUUCCUUUUGAUGGGUCUGAAUUGGGACCUGUGAUACCACAUAGGGGUCUCAGACAGGGAGACCCACUCUCUCCUUAUUUGUUUAUCCUUGUAGCGGAGGGACUGAGCGCUCGUUUGAGACAAGAAGAGGCAGCGGGUAGACUACAUGGUGUGUGUGUAGCUAGAGGAGCUCCCCGUAUUUCACACUUACUAUUUGCAGAUGAUUGUUUUUUAUUCUUUAAGGCUUCUCAUGAUGAAUGCUCAAUUGUCAAGACAGUUCUAGAAGAUUAUGAGGUGGCUUCAGGUCAGGUUAUUAAUUAUAAUAAAUCAACCAUCUCCUUUAGCGCAAACAUCAGUUCUGACCGGCGGGAGGGUUAUCGGGAGAUGUUCAGCGUUCAACCGAUGGAAACAGGGGCUAAAUAUCUUGGGCUUCCCUCUCUUGUAGGUAGAAGCAAAAGGGAAGUUCUGGCUUUCAUAAAAGAAAGGAUUGUUAAGCGGAUUAGUUGUUGGAAUCACAAAUUUUUGUCUAGAGCUGGGCGUGAGGUUCUAAUCAAAACAGUUCUUCAGGCCAUGCCGAGUUAUGCCAUGAAUGUCUUCCUUUUUCCUAAAGAUAUGUGUACUGAGAUCGAGAGAAUCAUGAAUGGGUUUUGGUGGAAAGGGCAUUCUAGUACAGGAAUUCGGUGGACAGAUUGGGAAAGAUUGUGUGUCCCAAAAAAAUAUGGGGGGAUGGGUUUCAGAAGGCUCCAUGAUUUUAAUCUUGUUAUGCUGGGAAAACAGGUGUGGAGACUACUGACAGCACCAGAUUCGUUGCUCUCCAAGGUGUUUAAGGCCAGGUAUUUUCCCCGAUCUUCUUUCAUAGAGGCGAAAAUUGGAGGAUCUCCAUCCUUCAUUUGGAGGAGCAUCAUGGAAGCAAAACCUGCCAUUAUUAAUAAUUUCAGAUGGCGCAUAGGAAAUGGCAAGUCAGUGAAUAUCUGGAGGGAUCCUUGGCUUCCGGAUAGAUCUUACCCUAAGCCUGUUUCUCAGGUUAUUCAGGGGUUAGAGGAGACUAAAGUGGAGGGCCUGAUUUCAAAUGGAAAUCGAGAAUGGGAUAGGGACCUAGUUUUUGAAUUGUUCAAUCCGCGGGAUAUGAGCCUUAUUUUGGGGUUACCUUUGAGCCAGAGGGAUGUGCCAGACCGGAUUUUUUGGCCUUUGGAAGACAAGGGUAAUUUCUCGGUUAAAAGUUGUUACCGUGCUCUUGUUGGGGAGGUUAAUAGCUCAGGGCAUAAAGUCAAUUGGACUAGCAUGUGGAAAUUUGAUAUUCCCCCGAAGGUGAAGUCUUUCUUCUGGCAAACGUGUGCGGGCCAUCUUCCUACCGCGGAUAAGCUUUUGAAACGGAGGGUGGCUUGUCAGUCAAUAUGCCCGGUGUGUUCACAGGAGGAGGAGACCCUCUUACAUAUUUUCGGGUCAUGUCACAAAGCAUUACAAGUUUGGAGCUUCUCACGGUGGCAUAUCCCGGUUAGUGCAGGAACUUCUUUUAAUGAAUGGGUGGAGCAUGUUUUUCGCACCAGAGAUGUAGAACAGUGUAGUUUAUUUGUCAUGCUUCUAUGGAGCAUUUGGAAGGCUAGGAAUGUCAAAGUCUGGGAGCAGAAGGAGGUGACAGUGGAAGGCAUUGUGUCUGAAGCCAAGGCUUUUUGGGAAGGUUGGCGUAGAGCUCAGGAGGGUGUUUUUCGGACAAGCCAACAACAUGGAGGUGUGAUGAGCUGGAAACGACCGGAGGAGGGCCGUUUGAAGCUUAAUACAGAUGCUUCGGUUUUGCCUGGUAAUAUUAGCGGGUUGGGCUGGGUUGUUCGCGAUAGUGGAGGUUUUUUUGUCGCAGGAGGUGUGAAUACUUGUCACGGAUGUUCCCCAGCGGUGGCCGAAGCUCUAUCCAUAAGAGAGGCACUAAGCUGGUUGAAACAACAGGGAUGGGAUAAUAUUGAUGUUGAAUCAGACUCUAUUCAGAUUAUUAGCAGAAUCAAAUCGGGGUCAGAUGACUCCUUACCAGGAUUAAUUGUGGAAGAUAUUAGAGAUAUUUCUUCUGGCUUUACCAGCAUUUCCUUUUCUCACGUGAAGCGGUCUGCGAAUCGAGUGGCCCAUGAUCUUGCUCGGGCUGCUGUUUCUAUGUCUGAUCGCUAUAUUUGGAUCUAUACUAAUCCUCCUUGUAUUACUUAUU